UGCAGAUGUCCCUCCUAUACUAAUCCGCCACAGCACUAGUAUAGCACUAUAAGUAAUCCGUACGAUAUACUCGUCCGUAUUUGAAUAUCCCCGUCCUUUACUUAUCUGAUUUGAAUAUACACACGAUAGAUAAGAAGUGCAUUGCCCAGUUGCCCACCUUUCUGGCGAAGCAUCCACUACUUUGGAUUUCUCCAGAAACAAUGGGGCCGGUCAACGUCCAUGCCACCGAUACAAUCCCGGCGGCGCCCUCGCUCAUGACGGAUUUCCUUCAGCAGUGUGGCGGUCUGGCCGUGAUCGACGGCGGCCUAGCUACGGAGCUGGAACGUCACGGCGCCAACCUCAAUGAUCCUCUCUGGAGUGCCAAAUGCCUCCUUGAUUCCCCUCACCUCAUCCGCGCGGUACACCUGGACUAUCUUGAAGCUGGUGCCAGUGUGAUCAUCUCCGCAUCCUAUCAGGCAACCAUUCAGGGGUUCAGGGCCAAGGGGUUUUCCCAGGAAGAGAGUGAGGAGCUACUUAAGAAGAGUGUUGAAAUAGCAUGUGAAGCACGGGAUUUAUACUAUAAAAAGUGCAGAGAGUCUUCUUCUGAUUAUACUACUGAUGGGAAGGUUCUUAAACAUCGUCCCAUUUUAGUUGCUGCAUCUGUUGGGAGUUAUGGGGCGUACUUAGCAGAUGGUUCUGAGUACAGUGGGGACUAUGGAGAUAUGGUCAACCAGGAGUUCCUAAAAGAUUUUCACAGGAGGAGGCUUCAGAUUCUUGCAGAUGCCGGUGCUGAUAUAAUUGCAUUUGAAACUGUUCCCAAUAAGAUUGAAGCUCAGGCUUAUGUCGAGCUACUUGAGGAUGAGGACAUCAAAAUUCCUGCAUGGUUAUCCUUCAACUCUAAGGAUGGCAUCAAUGUGGUCAGUGGUGACUCUUUAUUAGAAUGUGCUGCCAUUGCUGAUUCAUGCAAGAACAUUGUCGCUGUGGGGAUAAAUUGUACCCCUCCGAGAUUCAUAUCAGAUCUAAUUUUGUCCUUAAAAAAGGCCACUGCCAAACCAAUUCUUAUAUAUCCAAACAGUGGCGAGACUUAUGAUGCCGAUAAAAAGGAAUGGGUUCAAAAUACAGGGGUGUCUGAUGAUGGUUUUGUUUCCUAUGUGAACAAAUGGUGCGAAGAUGGAGCAUCUCUAGUUGGAGGGUGUUGCAGAACUACUCCUGACACUAUUAGAGCAAUAUAUGCUGUCCUCUUGAAUGAGCAAGUGGGCAACCCCAAGUAAAAGCAUCCCAUUCAACUUCAAGCUAAAUGAGUAAGUAAUGGGGGCGUCGGCAAGUUUUUGUUUUGGCUGGCGAUGGAGUUAAUCGAAUAUAGAAAUCUCACCAAGCAUUCGCUUUUGUGGGUUUGAGAGAUUUCAAUAGAUGGUAAUGUCGCUGAGAGUUUGGUCACAGGUUUUCUGUUUUAAAUGAGAAUGAUAAAUGUGAAAACAGAUAACCGUGUAAAGCUUGGACCAAGAGGUUGGGCGGUUUAGAUGGAGAAGAAUGGAUCAUUUAGAAGUAAAAGAUUAAUAGCCUUGCUGUUUUUUGUUUUUCUAGCUACUCCAGUGAAAAUUUAAAAGAGAGAAUUGUCUGACCAACAACCAACAAAGGAAAUUUUAAAAAUUC